CCACAAGAAAUGAGGUUGAGCAGGAGUUGUGGAGUUUUUGAGUCAGUAAGUACCCUGGGGGAAAGCUGACCAUAAUACAAUGGUGUUUUUUUUCCUACAUUAAAGGUGACUUCCUUUGAAAGGGUACGGAUUUUGCUCCUGCUCUGGGACACAUGGAUCAUGGAAUUCGGGGUAACCCCUUGCAGUUUUCUCGCCGGUAUCGCUAUGCCCGAGAAAAGAUGCCCUAUUAUGCCUAUCAUUGUAAGCCGAUAGGUCCCCCGUUGCCAAUGUUCGUUAAAAAAAGACUUCCGAGAUAUGGAUCCCAAUAUAUCCCACUCUAUGGGACAAAGUUGAUUUCCUUCAGAAACAUCCCACUCUACAGACGUGGGAUAUGGGUGACGCCGUACUUGCCAGCCCGCGUAGCUGGGUAUCAACCCCGGACCAUCCCUGUGGAGUUCGACGUGUGCCCGAGCAAGUUCUCCAAACCGAGAACAACCAGAAAUCCGGUGAGGCCAUAUGUAGAGGACUUUCAACACCAAAUUCAGAGUACAGCCGGAUACGACGGCACGACAAAAGGCCCACACGGCCCCAUCCACAAAGGUUCGUUGCCUUGUAUGAUUCCUGAGCGUGUCCCUCGGAUGACCAAAGGUCCAGUGCUCUAUUCCUCCAGAGAUCUUCACCCGGGCUUAACCCAGGUCCCACGGGUCUCCAGGCGACCGACCUUCUACGCAUCUGAGGAUCCUUUGCUUUGCUCGAGUAAGGAAGAACUAUCUCAGAGGACCAAAAGACCCACACAGUAUCCCUCAAAGCUCACUCAAGGAAACCGAGUCAGAGAUUCAGCUCCCCCCAUGAUCAAUGACCCGCCGCAACCUGAGGCCAAGCUCUCCUCCCAACCAAAGGCCGUCAAAGGUUCACGGGUCAUCGCCACGAAGGUUCCACGGGCCAACUUCCUGACGCUUUCGCAUUCGUUCAUCAAGAGAGGGGCCCAUUCUUUUCUCACGAAAACCUCCCAAGCUCAUUUCUUCAAGGGCUCGCGGGCUUCCCUGGUCAAACCUUCUCGGACCUCCUUGGUCAAGGGAUCUCAGCCCAGCCUUGCCCACACGGCCAUCUUCCCAGCCCCCAAAAACCUGUCCAAAACGGUGAAAAUUUCAAACACCGGGAAGAAAUAUUGCUCGGCGAUUAACUGGCCGUUUUGAACGCCAGAGGUGUAGCUCAACCCAUAUUUUUUAUAAAAAAAAGAGCAGAGAGGAUUUUCUCUCUGCAAAGAAACAUUUGACAUUCCCCAAAAAUCUCAAUAUACAAAACUGGAAGGCAGUCCUCUUUUGAUAUGUGCACUUCCCAGAAUUUUGUGACACGGUUUGUUCAUCGCACAGAGUGUUAUAUUGGGUGUACAAACCUCCGGUGUACAUGAGCGGGGAAAAAACAAGAGAAUCUCUCCAAACCAACGUCGGUGACAGAAAACUGCCAAUUAAAUGAACUCGCCUUUCCAUGCUGUUUGCAUGCAAAUCUCCGCUGAGGUUUAUUUUGCGAGUCAAAUUCCAUUCCUACGUAUUUUCAAUUUAUACAUUUAUUCAGCAGAGGCCGUUAGGGUUUACCUGCGAUUCCUGUGCGAGUGUGUAGAAAAAUGUAAGAUUGAGGGAAUUGAAAGUAGCCCAAUUCCAACAGAGUUGGAAUAGUUUCAAAGCUUUUCGUUGAAUACAGGAGCAAUUGUCUAAAACUUAUGAAGGAAAAGAAAAAUCGGAAAAGGAGAGAAGAUAUCUAAUUCGUUCUUGUUUCUUCUUCUUCUUCUUCUUCUUCUUCUUCUUCUUCUUCUUCUUCUUCUUCUUCUUCUUCUUCUUCUUCUUCUUCUCCUCCUCCUCCUCCUCCUCCUCCUCCUCCUUCUCUUUAAACAUAUCUUUAUUUCCCCAUCUAAGUCCAUACCUCUAAAUAUGGUAAUGAUUUAUGAUUUUUUUUUACAAAUAAAAACA